AUGGCUGUCGGAAAGAACAAGCGUCUGUCGAAGGGUAAGAAGGGCCUGAAGAAGCGGACUCAGGAUCCCUUUUCGAGGAAAGAUGAAUAUUCUGUCAAGAUACCCAGCGUUGGCAAAACUCUUGUAAACCGCACAACCGGCCUUAAGAACGCCAACGACGCCCUAAAAGGCCGUAUCUUUGAAGUCUCACUUGCUGACCUCCAAAACGACGAAGACCAUGCCUUCCGCAAAGUGAAACUCCGCGUUGACGAAGUCCAAGGUAAAAACUGCCUCACAAACUUCCACGGCCUCGACUUCACGUCCGACAAGCUGCGUUCGCUUGUGCGCAAAUGGCAGACCCUCAUCGAGGCCAACGUCACCGUCAAGACCACAGACGACUACCUCCUGCGCCUGUUCGCCAUUGCCUUCACCAAGAGACGGCCUAACCAGAUUAAGAAGACGACGUAUGCGCAGUCGUCGCAGAUUCGAGCUAUUCGGAAGAAGAUGGUGGAGAUUAUUCAGCGGGAGGCGGGGACGAGGAGUUUGGCGCAGCUGACGAAGCUUAUUCCCGAGGUUAUUGGGAGGGAGAUUGAGAAGGCGACGCAUGGGAUUUAUCCAUUGCAGAAUGUCCACAUCCGUAAAGUCAAGCUCCUCAAAUCGCCCAAGUUCGAUCUGGGUGCUCUACUCGCCCUCCACGGAGAGUCGAGUACUGAUGACAAGGGACAAAAGGUCGAGAGAGAGUUCAAAGAGACCGUCCUCGAAAGCGUUUAA